GGGUCCGGAGGGCCCAGCGGCCCCAUCGGCGCCGAGUCGCGGGGCCCGAUGCCCCAGAGCCCGGCGACGCGGCCCGAGGACCUGGGCGUGACUCCGUGGUACCUGGAGGACCGAGCUCCGGGCGCGGACACGUCGUCUCCGGGGCCCCGCGACCGGGGCUCGUAUCCCUCGUGCUCGUACGCCGAGAGAGAGAGCGUUCUCAGGGCGGAGCUGUCCUCGACGCGAGACAGCAGCGUGGAGAGCGAGGUUCCACGACCGGGACCCGGAUUGCCUAGGAAGGCCUACAUGGACCUGCGAGACGCCAUCGCCCUCCUGGACGAGACCUGUCCCAACCAGGAGCCUAGUCCGCUGCUGACGCCGCGCACCCCCCGGACCCCGCUCACUCCCCAUCCGAGGAACAAGAGGGCCCGCUCCAAGAGCAGCGACAACUCCUCGACCUACGGCAACGAUCGCCUCAGCGAUCGAUCCCUCGAGCGCGACAAAGAGAGGGACAAGGAGAAGAGGAGGCCCUUCCUCAGGAAGAUCGGCAUCUCCAUGACGGAGGACCGCCCUCUGCUGGCCAAGCUGGCCCCCAGGAUCAUCGGUAAGCCCUAUCUCGAGAAGAUCGGGCCCAGCAAGGCCGUCGAGAGGCCCUAUCUGGACAAAAUCGGGUCCUCCAAGACGCUGGACAAGUUCUUCUCCGGCAGCCCCAGAGGCGUCUCCCCGAGGAGGGUAGAGAUCGGCUCGGCGAGGUCUCAGGAUGUUGAAAGCGAGAGGAAGGAGAUUCCCGAGCCUCUCAAGGAGAAGGACGAGGGGAAGGAGGAAACGGUCCCUAGUAGGGGGAGUGGGUUCGAGAGGACCCGGUCCGGGAAGGGACUAUUGCUGAAGAUGUACUCCUUCGAGACCGAGGACCUCGAGGUCGCUCGCGGGCAGUCAUCGCCGGUCAAGGACCCUAGGGAUCCUUUGAGGGGGGCCUCUCUGGACGACGUCCUGGAGGCCGGGCCGAGCUCUUUGCCCCCCAUCGAGGACUUUCGGGAGAGGGAGCCGGUCCAGUUCCAGCAGAUGUCCACGAGCAUGGCGGAGCUGGUCAAGUGCAGGGUCACCACCAGCGAGGAGAUCAUUUUCUCCAACUCGUGCCUUGGCUCGCCCAGGGAAGCGCCGAGCUGGGGAAAUUCCCCCAGGAAAGAGACGGAGACGGCGGCCUCGGCGAAGGGAUCGAUGGACCGAGACGGCGAGUUCGACUCUUCCGGAGGGUUCAAAAUUCAGGAGACGAAGAACUCCCCGACGAAGAGGAAGACGGGACGGGAAGUCGGCACCGUUCCUAGACGAGAGGAGCGCUCCUCGUCGAGGGAGACCGAGAUGGCCUCUCCCACGAAGACCAGACGUCAGACCUCCGAGGACAUCCUUGACAAGAUGGAGACCAGGAGGAACGCCGAGGAUAAAACGGACGCGUCCAAGGAAGGUCAGUUUGAGAGGCGAGGGAUUUCCUCGGACAACUUGAAGCUAUCCAGAGAAGCCUUUGUCAGCUCCACGCCGUCCGAGACGUCCUCGGGAUACCAGAGCGAGGGCGCCUUUAGGAGAGACGCCUUCUUCGAGUCCAAGGACGACGGCGCCUCCAGAAAGAGCAAACGGGACAUCGGCAGGGAGACCUUCCGACAGCUCCACGAAAAAUUCGAGCUGAAGAACGUACCUGCCGAGAGUUACGCCGCGUACAAGAGACGAGCCAGGGCGAACUUCCACGCCAGGAUGCAGAAGCAAGCCACGAUAGGCAAAGGGACCAGCAACGUCUCCGUCCCCUGCGACCCCGAAGAGCCGAAGACCUCGAAAAUAGCGGACGAAGACGCGAACAGGGAGAAGAACCCAGAGUCGAGUCAAAGCCCAGAGGUCGACGCAGCACCCGAGGACCAGACCUCUCCAGAGGUCCAGACGCCUAAGGAGUCCAAGCCCCUCACGGUCAGAUCCGUCCUCAGGAAACAGGGCAGCGUGGACAACCAGAACGACCAGGAAGCGGAUGCCAGGUCUUUGAGGCGUCCCGUGAGGAGGAUCCAUCGCGAACCCUCUCAAGAGACCAUGGACCUUCUGACCGAGCUGCGCAUGGUCAAAAGCCUCCUCAGGACUCCCUCCUUCGACAAGGACGACGAGGAUCGCGCGAUGCCCAUGAAGCUGCCGAAAAAGAUCCUGCUGACCGACAAGGAGUUCUGUCUCUCGGUCGAGCGAGAGAACAGCUUCCGUGGGUCCAUCAGGUCCAGCAGAGGGGAGAGGAGGAACGAGGACCAGGAACCUCUUCGCCAGGUGCAGGAACGUCGGCCUUCCCCUUCCAAGAUCAGCGGGCCCGCUCUCUUCGAGAAGAGGUGUCUCUCCCUAGAUUAUGCGGACGAGGAGCGGCCACAGAAGCCGGAGGCCAGGGCCAUAUCCUUGGCUUCGGCCAGGAGUCACCGAUCGGAGACCGAGGACACCGAAGCCGGGUCCUCCGACCUGGCCCUGAUCUGCGACUCUAAGAGCUACUGCUCGGACGUUUUUAAUACGCCCUCCGAAGAGACCGACCCUCUCAAGAGAGAAGACCUCGAUCCCAAGAAGGACCCCGACGACCCCGAGGAUAAGUGCCAGGAUAUUCUGGACCUCGACGUCCCCGUUCCCGUCGACCAGAAGACCGCCUCCAAGGGGAGGGUCCACGCCCAGAACAGGGCUCAAGAUCUCUACGAGAUCAUCUCGCCUCGCUCCACCCCCUUCAGGAUGAAGAAGAGGCUCGGCAGGAUCUCCGUCGAGGAGGCCACCAAGCAGGAGAGCUUCACCCUCAACAAGGUCGACUGCAGGUCCGUCGUCAUCCAGAAGAGGACCAAGUGUUUGCCUUUAUAACUCCUGCCGAUCGCCUCGAGGUCCAUCCGUGGACGGAUCUUCGACUGCGGUGGUUCUUUCCUCGAGCCCGCUCCUCUUCUAGACACCACUCGUGGAACAUUUGUUCUUUCUUGAAGGCAAACAAAGGGCGCGCGGGGACUCACGUUUUUUAAGGCUUUUCGGUUCCUCGAAAAGGACUUAGUAACCUAUUUGGAAUUAACCCUUAUUCCAGGGACGAUUCUUCGUUUGGUCGUCGAUUACGAGGGAUGCAUCGGUUUCGUGAAAAUGCAGCUCUGGUAGAAGAUGGUUUAGAAAAUGUAGAAGAAGUUCCGUCCAGGCGUCCUUGCUUUGAAAGCCCUCCUCGGGGAAUGUACCUAAAAAUUAACUCUGCCGCUCGCCUGACUUAACCCCUACCGAAACGUCCAACUUGAAUGCAUCAUUCUCGGGAACAUUAAUUUCCAAGCAUAUUCGUACGUCGUCGGAUAGAGUAAACCCAACUCUGUUUGCACAUAAUAGAUGCAACCCUCGUAAACGCCAAGGAAGAAAGGACCCCGGGCCCGAUUGCGCGGUGCGCAACAGGUGGUCGAACCGCGACGCGAAAAGGUUAUUUAGGUAAAACUACCUCCUUUUCUCUCGCCCUUUUCCUUUUAUUUUUUUUGUCUCUUUUUAAUCAACUUUCUUACUCAUCCUAGUUUGCCCGAUUUAUAAAUAAUUUCCUCGCUCCCGCGAAGCGGAGUCUCGCAGUGACGAUUCGAUCCUGGAAAUCCUCGAUCCUGACGAGGUGUCAAUUCAUGGAGAACAAUGUGCUUCAGCCCUCGGAAGGGGCGAAUUGCUCGGCCGCGACAGCAAUACAGCAAUCCAGGGGCUGAAAAAUGGAAAAACCCCUAAAAAUGCGUUUCCGGCUCCCUUCGUAACCGAGAUUUCUCCCACUUUAGAGUUUAAAACGUUUGUCCAGGUCCCCGGUGCUAAGUCCUCCCUUGUUGGCCUUCUUCGAGGGCUUCGCUCGAUGCUUUGUACUAUCUUGGCCAGUUUCUCUUUUUUUUUUUCCUUUUUUCCCUAAAACAACGGAAGAGGAUUUAGGACCACGGGGACCGAUUCGUCGAGCAGUGCCUUGUCCAUGGAUAUAUACAUACUUAUUCAGAGGAAAUCUUACUCCAAAAGGUGUUAAUGAAUUCCGACUGCGGGCCGGAGUUUCUGAAAGGGUCCACGGAGUUGCGCUCUCGACUCGUGCAUGUCGAUUGUCUCUCUCAUCUUCUUCAACAAUGCCUUUCUUAAAUGGGAGUCCUUGGAGUGGGUAGUCGGUAAAUUCGUUAUCCGAGCCCCUACGGCUCUUUGUUAAUAACAAUUAAAGUCCCGUACUUCACACAAUGUGCGAUUUGCAUUUUGGGAAAUCCCGCAGAAAUUCCGUUUCACCUUCCUUUAUCGGUGGAAAUUUUUCCCACUUCCGGUGUCUACGGCUCCUUGAUUUUUUUGUCCUUCGAAUCGGGAUAUCUUCAUUGAAAUUCAAUCGGUGGGAAUUUGUUAGUUUAGGAAUCGUAAGGGCGCAACUCCCACACAGAUGCGUCCGCCUGCCAAGCCUAUCCCAUCGUGGAAAGGUGCGUGAUGUUUUAACGACA